ACAUGACGGCGCCACUCUCCAGACUCGCCUGCACUUUUUCAGCACGCCCAGUCGUUUCUUGGACAGUUCCCGUAGUGUGCCAUCAUUCGCUCCCCUCUCCCCAUUUCUCCAGCAACGGACAGCCACAUCGAGCACCAGGCGACGAGCGCGCGACACCAUGGCGGAUAGCGCGAGCGAGAGCGACACGGACGGCGCGGGCAGCAGCAGCAGCUCCGCCACCCCGCACUCCUCCUCCGCGGCCGCUUCUCACACCACUACGACCACCACGAACGCCGCCAGCAAAGUGCCGGGCGUCGUGAUCUCGCAGUCCCGGCUGGAGGAGCUGACGAACCGUCUGGCGUCGCUGCAGCAGGAGAACAAGGUGCUGAAGAUCGAGCUCGAGACGUUCAAGCUGAAGUGCAAAGCGCUGCAGGAGGAGAACCGCGACCUGCGCAAAGCCAGCGUCACUAUCCAAGCGCGUGCCGAACAAGAGGAGGAGUUCAUCUCCAACACCUUGUUUAAGAAGAUUCAGGCUUUGCAAAAGGAGAAGGAGACACUCGCCGUCAACUAUGAGAAAGAAGAGGAGUUCCUUACUAAUGACCUGUCCAGGAAACUCAUGCAGCUUCAGCAUGAAAAGGCUGAGCUGGAACAGCACUUGGAGCAGGAACAGGAGUUCCAGGUCAAUAAAUUGAUGAAGAAGAUAAAAAAACUGGAGAAUGACACCAUCUCCAAACAACUUACUCUAGAACAGCUCCGUCGGGAGAAGAUAGAUUUGGAAAACACUCUCGAACAGGAGCAGGAGGCACUUGUAAACCGACUUUGGAAACGCAUGGACAAAUUGGAGGCAGAGAAAAGGAUUCUGCAGGAGAAGCUUGACCAGCCAGUGUCAGCCCCGCCCUCACCACGAGAAGUUUCUAUGGAGAUCGACUCUCCUGAGAACAUGAUGCGGCACAUCCGCUUCCUGAAGAGUGAAGUGGAGAGGCUCAAACGCAGUCUCCGCACUACAGAACUACAGCACACUGAGAAACGGGCACAGUAUAUUGAGGAGGAAAGGCAGAUGAGAGAAGAAAACAUUCGGCUGCAGAGGAAACUCCAGAGAGAGAUGGAGAGGAGAGAGGCGCUGUGCAGACAGCUGUCAGAGAGUGAGAGCAGUCUGGAGAUGGACGACGAGAGAUAUUUUAAUGAGAUGUCUGCUCAGGGACUAAGAGCUCGUACAGUGUCCAGCCCUAUCCCUUACAGCCCGUCUCCCUCCUCAAGCCGGCCCAUCUCACCUGGUUUGUCGUACGCUAGUCACAGUGUUGGCUUCACCCCUCCGGCCACCCUGAGCCGAGCACCACUUCCUCACUACACAUCACCUGGACUACACAUCCACCCGGGAUCCUCACACGCUGUACAGAGGCCAUCCCCAAGGAGAAGCAACAGCCCAGAUAAGUUCAAGCGUCCAACGCCACCACCUUCCCCUAACACACACUUUGGCGUACAGCACCCUCCUCCUCCACCGCCACCCGCACAGCCGAUGCUCCAGUCUGGCUCCUCCCACUCUGUGACAUCACAGAGCCCCUCCUCUCAGCCUUAAUGCAUACAACAUGCGCUACCUUAAGCUAGGCUACUCCAGGAUAGGCUACACUACUACUACAAUGUCAACAACUCGGUGAUCCUCCACUGGGCAACGUUGGAAGCGAAAGGAAGGAAUAUGGAAGUUGUAUUUGUGAACUGGGAAACGAAAGGACUUGAGAAUGCGAAAAAGGAGAACUUGUAGAUGCUCGGCCAACUGACAGACCCCAUGCCGUUAAAUUUUGUUAUUCUUACUGUUUUUCUUUAAAGUGAUCAAGCUGGUUUCGUAAGGGUUCGAUCUACAAGAUCAUUUAUCAGGGUUGUUGAGUUUGUUGGCUGCGUGCGUUAGAAUUUUUUUGUGGAAAGAUCUUAAGUCUUUUCCCUUCCUCUAUUAAAUCUUAACUAUUUUAACAGAUUGACUGUUAAAAGUACUCAAACAUUUCCUAUAAAUAAAUGAGUAAAUGCUGUCAAUAAUGAAGCUCAAUUGGACCCAUCUUUCCUCACAACAGAGAGCAUCUCCUCAAUGGUACAAGACGAAUCUUGAAUCCCAGGACAUUUGCCAUGGGGGAGGCAGUGUAAAAAUGUUUUGCUUUUUUUUUGGCUGUUUUGCUUGUAAAACAGAUGUGUGCGUGGCUCUUGUUGGCAGCAUGUAGAUGAUGGUAAAGACAGUUUGAAAUGUACUGAAAAAGCACUUGUUGCCUCUGCGUGUGUAUUAUAGUGUUUGUGUCUGCGGGUGUUUGUGUGUGUCUGCACAGCCAUUGAGGUUUCCCACGACUGCUGGUCGGGGACCAGUCUCUCCCUGCUAGAAUCCACUACAAUAACAAAAGUCAAUACUGGUUUCUGAUCAGCAGACCAACCUCUCUCAGAGCUCUCGCUGUAAACCGAGAGCUCUAAAUGCUUAUUCAGAUGGAGAUUUUUUGCUUAAUGCAAGUGUCAUAUAACUAAACAUGAACCAACGUGAUGCAACAAAACAAGGUACUGUUGAACAAAUAAACUCAACAUGAUUAAAUGCUUGUACAAAAGAAAUCAA